GCACAACAGCACAGGCGGUAGUCUUCUCUGACAGCGAAUAAACUUUUCCUCUCUUUCUUCUUGUUUGCUAGAGAUCGUCGGUUCUUGUCUUCGCGGCAACCAUUCCAUCUUUGAUACGCUAUCGUGAUUGGGUUUGAGUUGGCCGUUUUCCUUUAUGUUGGACCCUCUAAGUGCCCACCGAGACUCAAAAAGAUACUGUUGCAGGUUGAACGCAACUGCGACAGAAUGUCUAAUACCGACCAACUAUUAUAAUACAGUGUUUAUCACUGUCUAUUCGUUGGACUGAUCCUUGAGCGGUGUCAGUCAGGGCGCCGAGUUCGGUACUGAUUUGCAGCUCUUGUGACUUGACCUGCAAAUCUUUGUCUGAAUUGUCACUCGAAGGAACCCUUCUGGUACAUCGCUCAAAGAUCAUUGCCGGUCAACGACUUAGCUGAUCGCCUUGCAACUCCUACCAAACCCGACAAGUUGGAAUGACAAGGAAGAAAAGCGGCCAAGGAUACUCUCGAGUAUCAAAUUGGCUGUACCUGGACUUACACCGCACACUCGGGUUCUACAGCCCUCUUAGGUGCGGUUUUAGCCUCUUUUGAUCCUAUGGUUCAUCAGUGCUUUACAGCUUUGGCUUGCAUAUCCGUCUGAUCUCUCCCGCAGUGCGUUAAGCCAUCAGUCUGCGUCAUUCAUCCCUUUCACUCACUGGUUAUGGGGUUACAUUUCACUCCGCCCUCGGAAACACAAGGCGCCGUCCAGCAGCAAGGGUCCAGGUACCCCUUCGACUAGUCUAAUGUCAUAGAUCUGCAUUCUGCCGCGUCAACUUCCCUACAGAGUCCCAAGGUAUCAGGUCUUGCAGGCUCAAGGGCGAAACAUGGCCAAUAUCACAGUACAGUAUUCUCUAAAGAUCAACGGUCAACGAAACGGUCACCGUCUUUCGAAACCUCCAAUCACUGCCUAUCACUCUCACUUUCCAGGAACGCACAGUCCAAGACGGUCACCUUUGCUGCAAGUUUUUCGCGCCCCUCUGAUAAUGAUCAUCAGCUCCUUGACUAGGUCCGCAAAUCGCAAUCUUCUCGUCAUUCCUCCCACCGUCCCAGCGUCUAUACAAGGGUGUUGGUAUCGUUUUGGAAGAAACGUGGAAGAAAAGUGGUUCACGGUUGUAAGCGACUGACAGCGACAGGAUACUUCAUCCUGGACCUAUCUCCUGUCGUUUAGGCAGGACCGUAGUUCUCGCCUGGAUGUUCCCCGUGACAAGGUCGCAGUGUAAUGCCGGACCUGUCAGAAGUGAAGUCAUCGUGAGAGGUCUCCCAAGCCAAGAACUUGAGGCAACAGCGAUACGCUCAAUGUCACAGCACCUUUUGGUCUUGACAGUGGUCUCAUUCUCAUAAGAUCAUAUUGGUUUUUUUUCAACGUCAUCUUGCCCCAAGCUUUCGCCUGCGAGCUGACUGACUAUCGCUCGGAGACACUUAUUCGGCCGAGCGGUUGUUUUAUAGGGGUCCCUAUAUCGCUACCGAUAAAAAUGGGUGCAUGGGGGUCAAACCUGUCAAGGUCGCGUUUAACCCGUUGGGCAGCGAUUCGGCUGUCAAGCUUGCGAGCCUCAAUGUUGUCCCACAUCUUGGAGUUCAUCUCGGAAAUCCUUCUCCAUUUCUGGUCAAAAGGUCCACCCAUGGUCGGCUCUUGGCAAUCCCGCCCCGCUCACACUUCUUGGCCCCCAUCCCCGUGAGAAGAGACCAUCAAUCUAGCGGUGGACGAUAGGUCCUCGAGGGGAGAAGCAGUCACUGUCACUGUGACGGAGAUGCAGACCAGUGUGGUGAGCCUUGUCUCAGCCCCGGAGCUGAAGCUCAGUCUGAUCGGGUGGCUGACGCCGGUUAUCUUGGUUCCCGUUGAUGGGUUUCACCAGUUGAACUUUCACCAAUGCCACAAUUCCAAUGAUUCGCACUCAUCAUUGUUGCGUUUUCAGUCUCGACCAGUGCCCCUUUGACGAUGUAACGUUUAUCAGUCGUCGGUCAACGUGUACAUCAACUGAUGAUCUUAACACAGAGCAUAACGCCCUUGACACCCCUUGACUUGAUAUGCACACUUUGACAAGCACCCCGCUCUGCCCCAGUACUGGUACUACAGUUGACUGGAAACACCAACCAGAUGUUCGUGAACUGUAGACGGCAUUAUCGGCAUCCAAAGACUUGGAUACAUGUUUCAGGAACUAUGAAUCAUUGUAAGCAUUGUCUCAAAUUCUCGUGAUGAUGCUGUACCACCAUAUCGAUGAGCAUCUCUUUUCUUUUUACGAGCUUUGGCUGUUGUGUAACACUCUGUCCGCUCCUCCGGCAUCCUGAGUGACAAUCUCUUGCGAUGUUAUCCGUCCUGCCCUCUGACUUGGCUCGUCAAGUGACUCUGAGCCGUCGGAUCGGCGGGCUGCAUUUACAGUUUAACUCUACCGACGCAAGGCGAUCUCAAGGACGUGUUUGAGACUGAGAGGAAUGCCUCUAGCACUUUCGAGCUGUCACCUUGUCUGAUUAGCCGUGUUAUAUCCCUUGACACUAGCCAACGUCUGCCACGACAUGAAACAACUCAUACUAAACAUGGGUUUUGGUAGCCGCCCCCAUAUAUCGAUUGGCAUUCGUCAAUAUCCAUCACUUCAGAUGCAACUCAAUAUCGAGCUUUAGUUUCCCCAUGACCUCUUAUGAGCUUGAUGCAAGAGUCCUAGUGGGCAUUUAGAGUCACCAAUACCUCGUGAGCGCAGAUCUUAAUCCUGCAUAUCUCACCGUGAUUCCUAUCAAUUCUGCGCAUAGCCUUUGGCAACAGUAGGAGUCUGCUUGUUGUGCAUUUUUAGCUUAAACGGUUGCAUUCAAGUGGGUGCACUCUGCCUAGGUAAGCUGCAGGCUCCCUUCACGGGGUCAGCACCGUUCCCAUUGCAAAUGCCUUGGGCUAUGUCGAAGCAACUUGUCUGUCUUGAAGAGCCAAGCUAUGAUGAUUAUUUCGAUUGCCUUUUCCAAGGCAGUAUGGAGGCUUGCUCUCUUUGGCAGGAGGUUUAGACAAUAACGUUGCUGCAUUUGUCAUAUGUCAGCUUACCAAUGAUAUCAUUGUGUUCUCGUCAUUCAAGGCAAUGGCUAUGUUUCUGGAGGAUUUAAGGCUGUGUCGGUCGAUGCUGAGCCCAAGUGCGACAGUAUCGAUCACCUCUCUGUAUUUCAUUCGCAAUGGAACAGUUUGAAUUUCACCCCGCUACCACAUCUUUCAAUCGUGUUUGGUCAACUAUCGAGCCGGGCGUCGAUGAACUAGUCCUCAACGAGGACUCGCAGACAGGCAGACGUACAACAUUACAGCGAUGGCAGCCUGGCGCCCGCAAUCAGCAGGACAUUUUUAUCCACGACUACGUUGAGGAAAUUUUCAUGGUUGAGGGUGAUUUGUACGACCAGAAUCUGCAGCAGGGUUGGGAGAAGGGCGCCUAUGCGUACCGAAAGCCCGGAAUGCGGCAUGGUCCUUUCAAGAGCGAGCGUGGAUGUUUGAUGUUUAUUGUCUGUAUCCCCGUGGAUACGAAUGGUAAAGAGGCUGGGGAUAGAGUCUGACGGGUAAUCGCAUUAUUCCCGUUGGAGUUUUCGUAUCCUGCCGCUCAAAGGGUCUCUGCGGUGCUUUGCAUGCGGAUGAUUUCUGUGAGUCAAUAUAGGGUCGGACUGGUAUCGGAAGGGAGAGGUUUAGGACCGGGGCCGAAGUCCGGGUUUGGUUAUCGGUCUUAACGAGUACAGAGGUCGCUUUACUGCAAAGACAAUCAAUUUGGAGCAUUAAUGGAAAUUAAUCCAUAGUACAUCAGUAUCGUAUGUAUGCACAAUUCAUCUUGUUGGAUCUCAA